AUACCUGAAAUGUAGGUGUGCGCAUCCAUAAACCAGUCACCUGAGAGCACUGAUCCUGAAGGAAAAGUUUUCCCUAUCUCUACACGACUCUCAGAGCGAGAGGAAGCGAUAGACACACGCGCCUCAGACUGGAGAGCAGAUGGACAGAUCGGUCGGGCCGAUGCGUGUGUUGGUGACGGGCGGCAGUGGGCUGGUGGGGCGAGCGAUAGAGCGGGUGGUGAAAAAGGAGGGUGGAGGAAGAGAAGGAGAAACAUGGAUAUUCUUGUCAUCCAAAGAGACCAAUCUUGUGAGCGCUGAAGAGACGAGAGCAGCCUUCGAGAGACAUCGUCCAACACACGUUAUUCAUUUGGCCGCCAUGGUGGGCGGACUCUAUAGAAACAUGAGACAGAACCUGGACUUCUGGAGGAAUAAUGUGCACAUCAAUGACAACGUGCUGAACAUGUCUCAGGAGUUCGGGGUGGUGAAGGUCGUUUCCUGUCUGUCUACGUGUGUUUUUCCAGAUAAAACCACCUACCCUAUAGAUGAGACUGUGAUGCACAACGGUGCUCCUCAUGAGUCUAAUUAUGGUUAUGCCUACGCCAAACGCAUGAUUGACGUCCACAACAGGGCGUUAUAUCAGCAGUACGGUUUGAAAUACACAGCCGUCAUCCCCACCAACAUGUUCGGACCCCAUGACAACUACAACAUUGAGGACGGUCACGUGAUGCCGGGGUUGAUCCACAAGACGUACCUGGCAAAGAAGGAAGGUAAACCUCUGGAGGUCUGGGGUUCAGGUCGGGCUCUGCGGCAGUUCAUCUAUUCUCUGGAUCUAGCUCGUCUGUUUCUGUGGGUUCUGAGGGAGUAUGGCGAGGUGGAGCCCAUUAUUCUGUCAGUUGGGGAGGAGGAUGAGCUAACUAUAAAGGAUGCUGUGGACGCUGUGGUUGAAGCAUUUGAAUUCACAGGGGAAGUGAUUUAUGAUACUAGUAAAUCAGACGGCCAGAUCAAGAAAACUGCCAAUAACGCCAAACUACGCAAAUACCUGCCAGACUUCAAGUUCACGCCGUUCAAGAAAGCCGUCAAGGAGACGUGUGAUUGGUUUGCAGCCAAUUACGACAUCGCCCGUAAAUGAAGAUCUUCGCAUCAUUUGAACACUGUUCAGUGCUGGAAAAUGAAACCACUACUGAUCAAACACUUCCUACAACCCUUGGGUUGGUUACAUGUUUGUAAAAUGGGAAACAGUGUUUUGAAAUCAUGUUUUUGGUACACGUCAGUUUUUAAGGAGAAAAUAUUCAGCAGUAAAUUUGCACAUGAUUUGUCUAAGCAUAUUAAAAGCAUGUAAACCAGUUUAAAAACUUUAAGCAUCUUAUUUGUCCGCUGUACUGUGACUGAUGUGCAUUUUCUUCUGUUUUUGUUGGUGUGUCAAUCAGGGUAUUUUCUGGGUUUUUCUAAUGACCUGUAGCUACUGUACGUUUUUACAAUACACUCCUAUUUAAAAUAA